CCAUGUCGUCCUAGCGAGCCUCCCAGAAAACGCCCCCGCUCCACCCUGACCCCAGAGGAGCGCAAGGAGGCCCGUGCCCACCGCAACCGCAUCGCCGCACAGAACUCCCGCGACCGUCGCAAAGCCCACUACACCUACCUCGAACGCAGAGUCGCUGAACUCGAGGAGGAAAACCGUCGUCUGCGCGCAGGCCUCCCAGCUACCAGCCCAGCCCCCUCCGAUCCCGACGUCGAGUACGAACGGGAACUCUCACGUAGGCGCGCAGAGGAACAGCGCGAACGGGAAAAUCAGGAACUUCGAGAACGUAUACGCUCCCUCGAAAGGGGCUACGAAGCCGUCGUCCGUGCCCUCGCAGCCCAGGGCAAACCUCUGCCCUCCACCGACGUCCUCGACAGUUCGGCUUCUUCCGCCAACCCAGUCACGGACAGCUCCCCCGUCCACUCUACCUCCCCUCCCGAAACGUCGUCCCUCUUGUCACUACAUGCUUCCCUUCCGCUUUCUCCUGCACCCACACAUUCCACCAUAGCAGACAGCCCAAUCACCUUCGAAAGCGAUUCUCUGGACCUACCCUUUAGUCUAGCAUUCUCUCCCAAUCCGUCUAGCCCGUCAUUCCUUGGCUCUCCCAAGAGUCCUCUCAACCUUUCCUUGUCGAUCGAGGCGCCCACUCGCCACCUGGCACGGGUGGCGACCACUGCUAAUGUUCCAGCGGUAGCCCUGCAGCGGGUGGGCAGCCCUCGGUUAACGACAGGAUGGGCGAGGACAUCCAAACGUGCAUCAGUAGUACGACCGAGCCAGAAGACGAGGCCACCUCAGAUGCCGUCAUCGCGCGUCUGCUCGCGGAGAUCAUCGCGUCGCCGCCUUUUGCUGCUAACCCUCUACCGAGUGUUGGCACUGCGUCAGAAGAGACGCAUGGCUCGCAGAUGUUAAACUCCAGCGAGUGCGUCCCCUUGAGAAGCAGCCCGGGACUUGGACUUGGUAGCAUUGGGAUAGACGACUUCGAUUGGGCGCAACAGGCCCAAGCAGACGUGGAGAUGGAGAAGCUGCUAGGGAUGUUACCAGCAACGCAGGACGUCGACAUCAACCUUUCGUCUUAGACUCAUUUAGCGAUAGGCCCCCCCAUGCCUCUCCAUUGGACUCUAUUUUUCUCGCAUCAUCUGUCUAUCUAUUCCCAUACUCUAUCACGUCUAUUGUUGCGGAGCUCUUUUCUAUGAU